CAACCUUGCUGGCUGCGUCCCGACCUGUGUCAGCACCGCUCGGCCUUCGGCUGCCCUCUCCUGCCUCAGGGCGUGAUGGCCAGCAUCACCCAGCUGUUCGACGACUUGUGCGAGGCCCUCCUGCCCGCUGCGCAGCCUCGCCCGGGGCAACGCAGUGUAGAUCGCAAGAGGGCCAAACAGAGUCUCAAGAGGGUGGCCUACAAUGCGCUCUUCACAAACCUUUUCCAAGAGGACUCUCGCCCCCUGCAGCCCGACCUGUCCAAGCUCCCAGUGAGAAACAAGGUCCUCAUGUUGUCCUUCGACCUGAGGGUGGGCGGCCUGGGCCCCGAGGCCGACCGCUUGGAGGAGUUGGUGGAGGGGCUGGAGGCCGGCCCUUGCUGUCCGCUGCUGGAGGUGGGGUCCGUGUUGAACCUCUUGGUUCAGCUGGCGGGCAGUGGCCCCCCUCAAAUCCUGCAGAGAAAACGGGACUAUUUCUUUAACAACAAGCACGCAGGGAGAAACGUUCCUUACAGUGGCUACGACUGUUAUGAUCUGAGCGUGUUUGAAAUGGACGUUCAGUCCUUCAUCUCCAGAGAGGAGUAUUUGUGUCACAACAUGGUCCAGGAAUCACUUAAGGUGAUGGAGGCGGCUCCAGGCACCGCCCUGCCCACCAUCGGUCUAUUCUCAUUUGGUGACCCCUGUGGUGACAGGUUUGAGAGAGACACCCGGGUCUCGCUGUUCGGUGCUCUUGUGUACAGCCGCACUUACGACAUGGAUGUGCGACUGGACCUUCCUCCUGUGCCAGACAGUGCAGACCUCUCUGGACUGGCCAUUAAGGUCCCUCAGAGCGUGGAUCAGUGGGAAGAUGAAGGGUUCCAGUCGGCUUCCAAUUUGACUCCUGAUUCCCAGUGUGAACCAAGCAUGACCCCCGAUGUGGACCUGUGGGAAGCUGCGCUUACCUGUGAGGUCAGCAAGCGGCGGUGUUGGGAGCGAAUUGGAUGCCCCCCUGGCCACAGAGAGGAGCCCUACCUCACAGAGGCAGGAAGGGACACCUUCGACAGGUUCUGCAGGCUCCGCCAAGAGGAGCUACAGGUUCUCAGCGGGGGCCUCCUGCAGGCCCCGAGGCCCGUGCUAGUGACCGAGCAGGAGCUGGUGAAGGACUCGCUGAAUGUCCUGCUUGGGGUGGCGUCGGCCACGUUCUCCCUCUGCCAGCCAGCUCAGGCCUUCGUGGUGGUACGGGGCGUCCACGUGUCAGGUGCUUCCCCUGAGAGCAUCAGCAGCAUCCUGUCAGAAGUGGCAGUGUAUGGGACCUGCUACACACGCCUCAGCCACUUCUCCCUGCAACCCGCCCUGGGCUCCUCCUGCGGCAGGGGUCUGGUGUUCCAGGCCUUCACCAGUGGCCUGCGAAGGUACCUGCAGUACUACCGAGCCUGUGUCCUGGCCACCCCACCCACCCUGAGUCUCCUCACCAUCGGCUUUCUCUUCAAGAAGCUGGGCCGGCAGCUCCGGUACUUGGCUGAGCUCUGUGGUGUCGGCGCCAUGCUCCUGGGGACUGGUGGAGGAGAGCCCAGGGCUGCGUUCCCCACUGGCGUGAGGCUGCUGUCCUACCUCUACCAGGAAGCGUUGGACAACUGCAGCAAUGAGCACUACCCCGUGCUGCUGUCCCUACUGAAGACCAGCUGUGAGCCCUACACACGGUUCAUCCACGACUGGGUGUACAGUGGGGUCUUUAGAGACGUCUGUGGGGAGUUUAUGAUCCAGGUGAAUGACGAGUACCUCGGCUGCAGAGACAAGUCGUACUGGACCCAUGGCUACGUGCUUAUUUCCAAAGAGGUGGAGGACUGCGUCCCGGUGUUCCUGAGGCACGUGGCACACGAUGUAUAUGUCUGUGGGAAAACCAUCAACCUGCUAAAGCUCUGCUGCCCUCGGCACUACCUCUGUUGGUCGGACAUCCCCGUCCCACGCAUCUCGGUGAUUUUCUCCCUCGAGGAGCUGAAGGAGGUUGAGAAGGACUGCGCAGUGUAUGUCGGGCGCAUGGAGCGGGUGGCCCGCCACAGCUCCAUCAGCAAGGAGGAAAAGGAAUUACGUAUGGAAAUCGCAAAACAAGAGCUAAUUGCCCAUGCUCGGGAGGCAGCUUCCAGGGUCCUUCGUGAACUCGGUGACUGGCAGACCUCGGAGCAGAUGGCCUUGGAUGCCCAGAAGCGAGAGCAGUUCCAGCGGCUGAAGGAACAGUUUGUGAAGGACCAGGAGCGGCGUCUGGCUGCCAGACGGGAGGAGCUAGAUGAGGACUUCAGCUACGCCCGAGAGUUCCGAGACAGGGAGAAGAGGCUGAAGGCCCUGGAGGAGGAGCUGGAGAAGAAGGCCAGGCAGGCACUGGUUGACCAUUAUAGCAAGUUGUCUGCAGAGGCAGCGCGUCGGGAGCAGAAGGCCCUGUGGAGAGUCCAGAGGCAUCGUCUGCAAAGUGUGAGGCUUCGCUUCCUUCUAGAAGAUGAGAAGCGCCUUCAGGAGAUGCUGAGAGACAUGUCUGAGGAUCGCCAGCCACAGGAGCCACUGGGUGUCCUUCCGCUUACAUGCUACCAGGUCCUGUCUGCAAUCCCUGAGCACUCAGAUGGAGGCUGUAGCUGUGAUCCAGGGCUCCCAGAGCAGCCCCGGGAUUGUCUGGGUAGGCUGAAUGCAUCAGUACUGCAGCCCCUACGUUCUCCAGUAGAGGGGGCCAAGCCAUUCUCUUCUGGCCUGAACAUCACGGACUUCCUGCCUGCAGGAUCAGGUGCUGAGCAGCCUGUGCAGGAUGGGACCCCUCUCCUCGAUCAUGCAUUACAGGCGAUUUGUUCAAACCUGCUCCCCUCACCCACAGUAGAGGUACCCUCAGCAGAGGGGACAUUGCCCAUCCAGCCACAGGAAUAUGAUUUUAGUACUGUUCUGAGGCCAGCUCCAACUGCCAUGCUUUCACUAGAGUCCCCACAGGAUGUCAAGGGCUGUGAGGAGCAGCAGCUGUGGGUGGACACAGGUGUGAAUCCAGGUGAGUGUGCACCAGACACACAGGUGCCUCUGCAUCCACCAUGCCCACUCACACAUGGUGCUACCCAGGAGUCCAGCAGCCAUCUCCCUGGGUGGUCCCUCUCACCUAUGUUAGAGGCAGCUGCUCCAACAGAGGACUCUGCUGCUGGAACAGCUGUCUCCCGGCCUCGCUGGAACAUCCACGGCCACGUGUCGGAUGCCAGCAUCCGGGUUGGAGAGAAUGUGUCAGAUGUGGCUGUCUCCCGGCCACGCUGGAAUGUCCAUGGGCAUGUGUCAGAUGCCAGCAUCCGGGUCGGGGAGAACGUGUCAGAUGUGGCUGUCUCCCGGCCACGCUGGAACAUCCACGGCCAUGUGUCAGAUGCCAGCAUCCGGAUUGGGGAGAACGUGUCAGAUGUGGCUGUCUCCCGGCCACGUUGGAACAUCCACGGCCACGUGUCAGAUGCCAGCAUCCGGGUCGGGGAGAACGUGUCAAAUGUGGCUGCCUCCCGGCCACGCUGGAACACACAUAGCCAUGUGUCAGACGCCUGCAUCCAAACUGGGGAGACUGUGUUGGACGUGGCUGCCUCCCGGCCAUGCUGGAAUGUCCAUGGGCAUGUGUCUGAUGCCAGCAUCCAGGUUGGGGAGACUAUGUCAGAUGUGGCUUUUUCCCAGCCAUGCUGGGAUGGCCACACCACUCAGCUUACGUUCCUGGAACCUGAGUUCAAUCUCCCCAGGCUGUCCUAUAGCCUCCCUGACCACAGGUCCCAGGUGGGCAGCCUGGCAGCAGAGAGCCUUGCCCGGGAAUAUGGGCCACCUCUAUGUGCAGAAGCGGAGCCUGCCACCGGAUCCCCUGGAGCAGGCGGUAGGGAGGAGGGUGGCCUCCAGGGCUCACCCUCUCCUGUGGCCACGCUGGGCGCUCUGGGAGGUGGUGUCAUCGAGGAGCCAGGCCCAGGGUGGAGUAGGGACAUCGAGGACCUGUCUCCACACCAGCCUCUGGACUCACAGGAGGACACGGCUGCUCUUGCGCUUCCCGGCCCUGGUGAGGAGGCGGCGGAUGUGGAUGUGGACAUAGACACAGAGGUGGAGGCUGAGGCCCGGCGAUGGGAUGAGGAACAGGCCUACCUAGCUGGCCUGGCGAGACUGUACCCCCUGGAGCAGUACCCGGACAGCUACGAGGCCAUGUCGGAUCCCCCCGCCGCCCAUCUCGUCCAUCACGUACUUCCCCAAGCCUUCACCUUCCCCGUGGACCCUCAGGUCCGGCCGGCCGUGGGCGAGACCGCAGUGCAGCUGAGCGAGCUGCUAACCCUGCCUGUGCUCAUGAAGUACUCCCUCACGGCCCCGCUGGCCGCCCAUGUCUCCUUGGUAAAUAAGGCUGCCGUUGACUACUUCUUUGUGGAGCUGCACCUGGAGUCACAUUUUGAGGCGCUGCGGCACUUCCUGCUGAUGGAGGAUGGGGAGUUCGCACAGUCCCUUAGCGACCUGCUCUUUGAGAAACUUGGGGCCGGACAGACGCCUGGGGAAUUACUGAGCCCACUGGCCCUCAACUGCGUCCUGAGCAAGGCGCUGCAGUGCAGCCUGCAUGGGGACUCGCCACAUGCUGCCGGCCUCUCCUUUGCACUCAAGCACCUGCCUGAAGUUUUCGCCCCCAACACGCCGGACGUGCUGAGCUGCCUGGAGCUCAGGUACAAGGUGGACUGGCCGCUCAACAUCAUCAUCACCGAGAGCUGCCUCAGCAAGUAUGGCGCCAUCUUCUCCUUCCUGCUGCAGCUGAAGCUCAUGAUGUGGACGCUCAAGGACAUUUGCUUCCACCUCAAGCGCACAGCCCUGGUGAGCCAUGCGGCUGGCUCGGUGCAGUUCCGCCAGCUGCAGCUGUUCAAGCACGAGAUGCAGCACUUCGUGAAGGUGACCCAGGGCUACAUUGCCAACCAGAUCCUGCAUGUCAGCUGGUGCGAGUUCAGGGCCCGGCUGGCCACAGUAAGGGACCUGGAGGAGAUCCAGCGUGCCCACGCUGAGUACCUGCACAAGGCUGUCUUCAGGGGCCUGCUGACGGAGAAGGCGGCACCUGUCAUGAACAUCAUCCACAGCAUCUUCAGCCUGGUGCUCAAGUUUCGCAGCCAGCUCAUCUCCCAGGCCUGGGGCCCAGCCAGUGGCCCCCAGGGCACAGAGCACCCCAACUUUGCCCUCAUGCAGCAGUCCUAUAGCACCUUCAAGUACUAUUCCCACUUCCUCUUCAAAGUGGUGACCAAGCUGGUGAACCGCGGCUACCAACCCCACCUUGAAGACUUCCUGCUGCGCAUCAAUUUCAACAGCUACUACCAGGAUGCGUGAGCGUCUUCAGGGUUAGGGCACAGAGUUGACCAGGGACGGGCUGAAGAUGCUGAUUUAUUCAGAGGCCUGCUACCCUCACCCACAAGCACUUGGUGGGGCCCUUGUCCUUGUGGCCACUGGACCAGGGUAGCACUGCUGACCUAGCAUCGGACAGAAACAGGUCAGGUCCUGACUAGAUGUGUCUGCCGUCAUGAAGAGUGCAGGGCUGGCCAUAGUCUGAGCAGUGCGAGUGGCCUCAGGAAACUCCCGGGGUGUGGAGGAUCCCCCAGGCUGCUAUGAGGAUCAUGUCACGCAGAGCUCAGCUGCCCAGAGUGGAGGUUUGCUGCUGUAGGACGGCUGCCUGCUGGCUUCUGAGGCAGCCGUAUCAGGGCCUGUGGCCGUGGGAGCCUCAGCAAGCUCUCCCUCUGGGCGGUAAGGAGACUCCAGCAGCUUCAGUACCCGCUGCACCUAAGGGAGAGCAGGGUGAGGGGUUGCUGGUUGGCUGCCCACCCUCUCCCUCCCAGGGGCAGGGACAAGUGUGCUUGCCUCUGAGAAGUCCCCGUUCUCAGCAGCCUCGAUGGCGUUCUGUGCAAUGUAGUUCCGCAGGACGUACUUAGGGUUGCUGGCGUGCAUCACACGCGUACGCUCUGCUUGCCAGGUGGCAGUGUCACCGGCAUCUUCUCUGUCCUUGUCCAGCCGGGCUCUGGAAUCAUCCCAGAUCCCCCAUCAGGCUUGGUGGCCAUGGCCCUGGGGUUGGUGCCCAGGGCCCGGAACAGCUCACCUGUAGUCUUGCAGCCAAGCAGCCCAGUGUGUGCUGUUGCGGCUCUGUAGCUCCUCCAAGGUCAGGCGCUGCAGCUGAGACUGCUGCUCCAUGCACUCCAGCUCCUUGGUAAUGUUGGCCUGGGUGCCGAUGAGUGCAAAGAGCUGCGGGUUGGACUGGGCCAGCAUCAGCAUCAUGGAGAGCUGGCUGCAGAGGGAGUAGCAGUGUCAGUCAGGGCUUCGGCGGAGGGGAGUGGGAUGUUGUCUGUGGCCUGCAUCUGUACCCACAUCCUGAGCACCAUCACUGCCCCCACUAAAGUCCUUUCUGCA